UCAUUUUUUGGGCAAGUUUAUGUAUUUGCUUUUGUUAUUGUUUACAAGGUGAUAGAGACCAUCACAAAUCACAGGCACAUUUAAUUUACCAAAACACCCAAGCCUGUAGCCAAAAUAUCAACUCACUCCCUGGCUGAGUGGCUCUCCAUCUGCGCGGCCACCAGCACUCCAUCAUCUUUUUCGUCACUUAUGACCACAACCACCACCACUAUCUACAUUGCACUAUCUCCCCGCGCGUGUCCAUCACGCUCCGCCACUCUUUUUCCACUCACACUCAACACUUCAUCCCUCUCUCUGCGUAAAAUUAUCCUCCGACGCUCUCUGUCAAUGUCCCUUAACCACCUCGGGCCGAUAUCCCCGGUGAACAAACCGGAGCCGAUUCAACUCAAUGAAGCGUCCGAUUUUUACCAGCUCCUCUCUCCCGAGGGUCUCAUUUCCAUCUGUGGCUUCGGUUCUCUCCUCUCCGAGCACAGUGCGAGGAGUACGUUUCCUGAUUUGAUCAACUUCAGAGUAGCCAAACUGCACGGAUUCCGUCGCGUGUUCGCUCACUCGGCUCCCGUUUUCUUCGAACGUGGCAUCGCCAAACCUGAAACCAAGGAAAUUUCGAGCUUGAGUGUAGAGCCAUGUGAAGGAGAGACAUUGAUUGUUACUGUGUUUGAGAUUCAAAAAUCAGAGGUUCCAGCCUUUAUCAAAAGAGAGCACGAGUUCCGGUUUCUAGCUGUUUUUCCGGAAACGCUUGAUGGGAAGCCUUUUACAAAUCAUGCGGUGCUUUGUGCGAGGUCUAGUGAUGAGGAGUUUUUUCAAAUUAGAUGCAAAGGAAGCAAAGAGAUUUAUUUUCAGCAUUAUGGUCGAUACAACAUUGAUAAGAUUUGGCGGGAUGAUAUCUUACCUUGCCGUGUUUAUCUUCGGCAUUGUGUGUUGGCAGCUAAAAAUCUUGGGGAUGAAGCAUACAACAACUUUGUAGAUCACACUUUUCUUGGAGAUCGUAAAACAACAAUCCGAGAGUACUUGGCAACAACAGGUUCAGGCAUCAUGGAAGAAGAGCCUCCAGAAUCCCUCAAGACCCGUUAUGGUGGGUGACUGCAACAGAUUGACUGAUCUUAAUUGCGCAGAGAGGUUUAAAAACUCUUAUUUGGGCAUGACAAUUACCAACCCUAGUUUACUAAUGGCCAUAGAUGGCGAUAAAUUCAACUAGAAAAUUUACUUAUUCUCCCUCUAUUUCAUUAUCUUAUCCCUCCGGAACUGGCAGGCCCAGGGAGGGUUUAUUAUUUAACUUUCAAUGAAAGUUGUCUUUAAUAUUCUAAAACUGUAAUUUAUACCCCAUUAACAAGGAUACAAGGAUGGAUGCUUGGUGGACAGUGAAA